UAAAGAAGAAUAUGAUAGGUAAAAUGAGAAGAACAACAAGCACAACAAGGAUUACCGUUGAUGUGAUGAUCAAUGGAGAAGGAAAACCGUCUGAUCUUGAUCUUGGUACUAAUUAUGGAUUGUAUGGUCAUGAUCAUCGACACGUGUCAUCAAAAUAUCACCAUAGAAGUUCAAGUUAUCAAGGUUUUCAUCAUCAUAUAGAAGAAAAAGCUCAUUUCUUGACAACUUGUGGACUUUGUAACCAUCGAUUGACACCUUCUCGUGAUAUCUACAUGUAUAGGGGUGAUACAGCAUUUUGUAGUAUGGAGUGUAGGGAACAACAAAUGAAAAGUGAUAAAAGAAAAGAGAAAUUAAAGCUUCUUGUCCUUAAAAAGAAGAAUGAAAAUUAUCAAAAUUACUCAGAAUUGCCCUUUGCUAACUCUGAAAAUUCUGGCAAGACUAAAACUAUUGCAGCAGCUUGAAGGGUAAUUUUGGAAAA